GUAACAUGUAUGUUUGUGUGUAUAAAUAUGUACUUAUAGCUGCACGUUACUUUCGGAAUCGGAUGAUUCGGAGGCGAGUGACUGAUCUGCCGGGAUGUCUGCCGUGGGGUCCAUGAGAGAGCUGCAGGAGGGCGCCGUCUGCCCACUGUGCGGCGGCUACUUUGAGGACCCGGUGACCACUGAAUGUCGCCAUUCCUAUUGUCGAGGUUGCCUGGUGGCCCACGCGGGCGGAAAAGAUGCUGACGGUGGGCAGCUCAUUUGCCCCAGAUGCGGACGAGCCAUGGGGUGGAAGGGGGUGACGACAGAUGUCCAACUUGGAGUGACCACCCGCAUCGCCCGGCGACUUAAUUUCCAACCUCUGACACCCAGAAGAAAGAAAGACGGGGAAAAAGGGCAUUCAAUGACCUGAUUAUUACCCUCCUUGGGGAAGCCCGCAGACCGAAGGUCCAAUCGAGUUUCCGGAACGUGGAUCAACGCCGUGCUCCUAUUGGCAGAUCUUCACCCGAUAUUUAUCUCCGUGUAUAUAUAGACCUCCAGAACUUCUCGAUGUGUUCUAGAUAAUAGAACGGCAUUUUUUAUAUUUAUGUAUAAUAAGCGUAUUGUAUACAGAUACUGAGUAUCUGUUCUUUGAUAUUAAAU